CAGCCUCAGAAGCCAUGGUCCUCGGGAAGGGGAGGCCAGCCCAGGCUCGAGCCAGGGCCUAUGGCCAUGGUUAGCAGGAAUAUCGGCUCAAUGUUGUGGCGGCCAAUGGGUAGGAUGCACGCGUGGCCGGGAAGGGAAGAGGGCGUGGUGACAGGUGUUACACCAUGCACUCCUAGGGCUCCAAAAAAUUCGUCUGCCACUCAUCAAUUCGAUUGCCAAUGGCCCAUGGCCGAUGUAAUUAGAGCAGCAGUGCCAUCUCCAGCACUCCAGGCAGUAGCUGUUCUAGGCUACGCUUCUCUUUUUUUUUUUUGCAUUUCAGCCUUUGAUGCCAUGGGCAGCCGUUUCCGAGAGUUUGAGGGCCGGUUUCAACGAUGCUGUGCCAGGUAACCUGAUGCUGGCGUAGGAGCAGCACUUGGGGCUGCAGCUCAAAAUUGCAAAGCUGUGGAUUAUGAGGCAGAGAUUGGUAAACAAAACAUUGGAGUUAUUUUGUUGUUCUUGAGUGUGCUUUGCAAAAGUCUAAUAUUUUCCUUUCAGAUCA